AUGAAAUAUYUGAUCGUACUUAGCUUGAUCGCAGCCGCCACCGCUGCCCCUGGAUUAUUGGGUUUGGGUCAUGGAUCAUAUGCAGCGCCAGCGCUGAGCUUAGGGAGCUUAGGUCAUGGACCAGCUAUAAGCUACGCCGCUCCAGCUGUUAGUAUUGCUCAGUCCGCCCCAGCGAUUAGUUACGCAGCGCCAUCUAUCAGCCUUGCUGCAGCACCCGUAUUAUCUGCACCUGCUGUAGUAUCCGCACCUGCUGUAGUCGCCGCACCGACCAUCGUGAAAGCAGCCCCAGCCGCCACCAGCUACUCCACUUUCAGUCAGGUCAUUCAGCAUUCCGCUCCAGCUGUCGUUAAGGUCGCCGCCGCCGCACCAGUAGCCGUAGCGGCUCCAGCCAUUUCUUAUGCCGCAGCCGCUCCAUCCAUUUCAUACACCGCCGCCGCCCCAUCCAUUUCUUAUGCUGCAGCCGCUCCUGCCAUCUCGUACUCUGCACCCGCCAUUAAAUUAGCCGCCCCCUCGAUCUCCUACGCUGCAGCUGCCCCAUCCAUCGUGAAGUAUGCUGCUCCAGCCAUCAGCUAUGGAGGCGGUCUCAGUUUGGGCCACGGCUACCAUUAA